AUGUCGAGCUCCAUGGAGCCGCGGCCGCUCACGUCGGCCUUCGAGAGCCCGACCUUUGAUGAGGACAGUUCAUUCCAUGUGGAACAGCCUGUUGGGGCCAUGUCCAUCUCGCCUUGCGGGCGAGAUGUGGUUCUGGCCUCCAAAGAGGGUUUACAUGUCAUUGAUCUCGACUCCCCGUAUUCCCCACCCCGUUAUCUCCCUCAUCAUACGCCGUGGGAGGUCGCCGAUGUACAAUGGUCACCGUUCGCGUCCCGCGACUAUUGGGUUGUGAGCACAUCUAAUCAGAAAGCUCUAGUAUGGAAUUUGGCCAUGAAAACAUGGCAGAACUCCAUUGAGUUUGUCCUGCAUGCACACUCGCGCGCAAUUACCGACAUAAACUUUUCGGCGUUCCAUCCCGAUCUUCUCGCUACUUGUGCUGUUGACAGCUUCGUUCAUUGCUGGGAUCUGCGCACUCCAUCUCGACCCGCCAUCUCAUUUUCGGACUGGUUCACAGGCGCUACCCAGGUGAAAUGGAAUCGUCAAGAUCCUCAUGUGAUUGCCAGUUCCCAUGAUCGCUUUCUUCGCAUUUGGGACGAUCGCAUGGGCGCAUACCCGAUUCGUUCUAUUGAAGCCCAUGACACGAAAAUUUACGGUGUUGAUUGGAAUCGUGUCCGACGAGGUGCUUUGACGACAUGCUCACUUGACAAGACCAUCAAAUUUUGGGACUACACAUCGGAAAGCGACGAGCCCGAGAAACUGAUCCGGACUCCCUUUCCAAUAUGGCGCGCGAGAAACACUCCAUUCGGGUGGGGUGUAACUGCGAUGCCGCAACGGGGGAACAGCGACCUCCACCUUUACAGCCGACGAGCCGGAGAAGGGAGCAACCCCGAGGAUGACUUGCCUUUGGUCCACAGUUUCCCAGGUCAUAAAGGCCAGGUGAAGGAAUUCCUUUGGAGACCCCGAGGUGGCGUGGUGGAUGGAAUUGACCACCGGGAAUUCCAACUGGUGACAUGGGGUACAGACCGGGAGCUGCGUCUGCAUCGUGUCAAUCCGGAAAUCUUUGAGCGAGUUGGAUACGAAAAGGGCAAGUCUUUCAUAUCCACUCGCAAUGUCACUCGACUGGGUGCAGUCUAUCGGAGCUUUAGAGAUGUGAAUUCGGAUUUAGAUCUGGAAGAUCUAGAAUCAGCUUCUUCAAUUCAGCACAAUGCGACCACGCAGUAUGCCGGAGGCCCUGGAAUGAACGCCAUUUCUGUCCCCCACGCUCGCGCUUGGACAAAGGGCGCUCAUGUUGAUGCUAGAAUGGGUAUGCAGCCACGAUCAAAUCUGAGGGCAGACACCAACCCCAUUGCUUGGAUGCGCGGUGUGAAAAUCUCAGGUUGGGAUAUUGAGACCCUAGGAGAUGAGAUCAGCCACGUCGGAGAAAAGUUUACCAAGGUUGUAUUUGAAUCGGUUGAUGUUCGUCAAAGAAAGACCACUAUAUCCUUGAAUGGACCGUGGGGCGCAAACGGGGACUCUCUGUUCUUGAAAGUGGAUAUAAAGUUUCCGGUCAGCUACCCGAAAACAGCUAUUCCAACCUUCAACUGCCAGAGGACAGCAGCUGUCACUGACGAGUUGGCUGGAAAAAUCACGGCUGAAUUGAGAACAAUCGCUGAGACCUAUAUGUCACGAAAACGAGGCUGCCUGGAAGGUGCUGUGCGCUAUCUGUUGGGCGAAAGCUCACUAGAGGAGAGUGUUGCAUUGGUUCUGGGCGAAAUAGGUGAUAACAUUAAAUCCCCGAUCAAUGGAGAAUUGGAAGGCGAGUCCAGCGACGAAGAUGAGGUUGGCAUGACCCAGAGUCAGGAGCUUGGUAUGAGCUCUGAGCUGCUCCGCCCAGUAAAUGCGAAUGUCAUGGUUCCAGUAGCAAAGGGAUGUGGUGCGCUAUGGGCAAAUGAUGGCCGUCUCAUUUGCUUUUUCCCUCCAAAGAAGGACAAGUCCACGGCUCUAUUUGAUAACCUUGGUUUCAAAGAGAUGAGCAGAUUGUCACGGACAGACAAAGUGUUUGAAGGUUUCGGGCGGUUGCAGACUAGCUCCCCGGGUCCACGUAUGACUGGUACAAUCACGAGCACAGCUGAUGGUGCAUCGGAUGACUCAGAUGAUUCAUACUCCGAGACCUCGAGCUCUUCGGGCUCUUCUGAUAUUCUGUCCGGGCUACCUACGGGUCGUUUCCAACCGCCGCAGACUUGGCGCAGCGCCGGUAGUAUGGGAAUUUACCGGCCUCGGUCUACGGAUAAUUCACAGAGAUCCACUGGCGGUGCCGCAAUGAGCAAGUCAGCUGACCCAGCUCAAAAUGUCGUCUCUAUCCAUGAUUUAAGCGAUAUGCUGCCCGUAAAACGGGACCUAGCCAGCAAGUACGCCAUCUGCGGCGAGGGGACAGCCGUGUGUGCACACAAUGCUGCUGUCGCUCUGGAUGCUGGAUACCACGAACUGGCUCAAAUCUGGGGUCUAAUUAAGUUGAUAUUGCACAUCCAGCGAAAGCCUGUGUCUCCGCUCGAUGCCAAGAUAGGAUCGAGACGCGGAUUGAGAAAAGAACGCCUCAAUCUUGGCCACAGUUUAGGAAAAAGUGGGGCCUACAAAGACGUCGCUAAUAGCGUCAUUCGAUGGGGUGACCAUCCCCUGGGCAGUCAUUGGCUUGUUUCAGCACUCUUUGAUCAUUUUGAGCGUAUCGGCGACGUGCAAAUGGUUGCUAUGCUCUCCUGUGUGCUCUUCGAGCCCAAUAAGGAAAACCGCCUAGAAGCAUCAAAAGAAACACAUCUUGAUCAGGCGGAUUUCUCUUUGGACUUCUCUUCUGUCACGUCUACUGCGCAAAACAAAUCGCUGGCUGCUACUCCCGCUUCAUCCGCUCCAAGAGAACCCCAGGUGGUUCCCCCUCAUACUUCGGCGCGAUCAUCGAGCGAGCUUUGGCGCAUUGACUCCACGCCUCCAUAUUCCACUGGGACUACACCUCCUUACCUAUCCCGCCCCCGCGGCAUAGCUGCAAGUCGGAAAACACAGAGCCAAAAUAUAUCCAUGGCGGCUUCCCCUGAUCAGCAGUCCCAUCCACGAAGUGGAUCCGGGUUUGGAUCGGUCCUAGCAUCUUCACUAUCACGGUCAUUCACCUUUGGGCCAUCUUCGGCUUCUCCGCCAGUGACUCACAACAUGAAGAAGAAACAGAGUCCGGGGGAUAGCCCAAGUGUGGUCACUAUACAAGCGCCCCAAUCUGAUACAGAAAGCGACCAACCUCCACCUCAAGUCGUGAAACCUACCACUCGGUUCAAAGUUACCUUCAAGAACCAGAACGAGUUUGAUGGUGACGAAUCUACCCCAGGCUAUUCCCUUAUAGACCGCAGCAAAGAGUGGCUAUGGAGAUCUUAUCGUGCUUCUUAUGCCGACAUCUUGUCGAUGUGGGAUCUUCCUAUACAACAAGCCGAGGUCCUUAAAAUUGGCGAAGUGGAAGACGAUAUAGAUGACAUGCACAUGAGCCACUAUUGGAAUAGCAACAGCUCUAAUUCCAAGUUGUCUCCACUUCCUGAAUUGGAAAAGAAGAAAGCCGCAGAAGGUCUUGAAGGACUCGAUUUCCAACGUCACUGCGCCAACUGCGGUCAUGCUUUGCAAAUCUCAAUUUUUGCUCCGACGCCCGUGGUCCCUGACACCCCGUCAAAGCGCCGUCGUCAGCCAACCUUCCGUCGAUGUUCAAACUGCAAGCCACGACAGGCACUACCAACCAAGCUUCCUUGCGUCAUCUGUAACGAAGUCGUGGAUGGAAUGUUGGUACCCUGUCUCAGCUGUGGUCAUGUAAGCUGUUUUGAAUGCCAUCAACGCUGGUUCCUCCCCGAUGCCGAUGGAAAAAACUCCGGUGUCUUUCCACCCCCGCCCUGCCCCAGUGGAUGUGGCUGUAACUGCUCUGAGCAUGUUGCAGCUAUCGUACCCAUGCCGGCAUGGGAACCGUCCUCUCCCAACCCAAGAGAAACCCCCACUGCACCCAUCCAUAAACACGCUCAUGAAAAGCGUCACCGUCGUCGUCAAUCCGAACCCGCAGGCAGCAAUAAUAGCUCGGGUCGAAAUACGCCUACUUUGAGAACCGCUGCGACGCAGCUAGAUAAUGAGCUGGACAUGUUCCAGACUUCGUCGCCUUUUGCAUCUCUGGCACGAGGUAUGGGUGGUGGGCUCAGCCAAGGGCUCCGCUCAAAGGAAGACCACAGAAGGAAGAACCGCUCUGUGGCAAUGGCACCGCCCAAACGUAGAUAA